AUGCACAUGCUGGUGCUGUUGGUUACAGUAGUUGAAUUCAGUGAUUCGCAAACACACAAUUCAGCUUUUCCUCGAGUUGAUCCGAGCAGACAGCAGUUCUUUCGAUUAGAAACUAUCACUAUCAGCUGUGAAGGCCUACAUGGAUUCAAUGGAUGGAGAGUGAUGAAAAAGAUAAAUGGAGAUAUUAGAACGUGUAUUUCAACCUGGGAAUCAUCUACUGGACCUUGCGAAAUUACUAACGCAUAUCCGUCAAGUGACAGCGGAGAAUACUGGUGUGAAAUGGGAGGACUGCAAAGAAGCAACUCUGUCAACAUCACUGUAACUGAUGGUUCUGUGAUCCUGGAGAGUCCUGUCGCUCCUGUGAAGGAGGGAGAUAAUGUGAUCGUUUACUGUAGAAAGAAACAGACAGAGUCCAGCUUCACUGCUGAAUUCUAUAAAAAUGGCGUCUCCAUUGGAAGCAGCUCAGCAGGAACCAUAAUAAUGCCCUCUGUUUCCAAGUCUUUUGAAGGGCUCUACAAAUGUAGCAUCUCUGAAAAAGAAGAAUCACCAGGCAGCUGGCUUAUUGUCAAUGAAAGCACGAUCCAGUUCACCCAAGCGGGCCAAAUGGGCAGUGGAGAUGGACAGAAAAUGGGGGAAAGAUAUGUGGGCAAAUUGGCGACGGGCUGGGACUCGAGCCCACGCCGCCCGCACCACAAGGCGGCAUAUGUGUUGACAGCUUCACCACUAGGCCACCCAGGCACCCCAGGAAGUGUUUUUUGUUUUUGA